AUGUUUAAUUUCGGGAUAUUAAAUUUAUUAUCAGCUUUGAGAAAUCGUCAGCGAUUUGUACAGCCCGUAGAGCCAAGUAUUUCCCCCAUAAUUGACAUUGCGAUGAAGGUGAAUAAAAUUAAACAGGACGACCUACAACCAUUGGAAGCGCUAAAUGCACGCAUGCGUCGAGUGUUUAAGAUGAUCGAUCGUUUGGAAAUAAAUAGACAUAGGACAGCAGUAGCUUUGAAGUUGGAAAUGAUGGAGUUGAUGGAGAAUAGACGUUUGUUGAUAGAACUGAAAAAUGAUCCACCGAUUUCAACCGGCACCCAGACAUAUUUAGUAAAGAAACCAUGCCGCGUUAGGUUCGUAAUACCAGGAAUGCCUUGGGAAGAAGAUACGAUAAAUGAGAUUUGGCAAUAUCCAGAAAUGAUAAUACAGUUUAUGACAAAAAUGUGGUUAAUUGUAAAGUUUAGUAUAAAGCAUUUAAAAAAUCCAGUAAUAUUACACAAUAUGGCCGCAAAAAUAUACGUUGGAUUUGAAAAACUUAUUCAUAUAACUACGACAAUUGAUAUUCCAAAUAACACAACUACGAUAAACUUCAGAGGAUUUCCACGGAAUUCCACAUAA